AUGUGUUUGGGACCACUUUCACCUUGUCAUUGUGCUAAAGGUUUUAAGUGCAGUGAAAUUACUAAAACCUGUAUUAAUGAAACAUCCAAAGAAUACUGUACACAAUGUGGACAACCUUAUGGUUCUAAUGGUCCUUGUUGUGCUCCUGGAAUUAAAGACUCUAAUAAUAACAUUUGCUACUGUGCUACUGGUAGAAUUUUUUGCUCUUCUAAUGAUGAAUGUCAAAAAGGUUUAUGCUGUCAAAGAUCAACAGGAAGUUGUAUUCAAGAUCCAUUUGG